UUAUUUUCCUUUUUUAAUGUGGCAACUGCGUCUGUCAACAUUUCUUUGUUCUGAUUUCGCUGAAAUCCCUUUUUGUUUUGUUUUCAUCAUUCGUCAGCUGCGACGUAGGAUACGGUACGCAAAAAAUUGUAAAAAUUAAAUUUCAAGCAAAUUACCGUAAACAACUCCUCCCCCCAAUAUAAAAUAUAAGUGAAAGUGAAAGUUUUAUUUUAUGAAAUUAUCAGACAUAAGCUCUUAAUGUCUAUGUUUAAAGCACGUGUAAAAGAGUUCGAAGAUGCGCUGGAAAGCAACGAGAUCGACAUAUAUAAGCUAAGAAAUCUUUGUUUUCAUGGUAUACCCGAUGUGGGCAGUUUUAGAGCCACAUGCUGGAAAAUCUUGCUUGGUUAUUUGGGACCGAAACGGUGUACAUGGACGGAGACGCUUAGCAAAAAACGUGCAUUGUAUCGACAAUUUGUAGAAGAAUUGGUGUUACCCCCUGGGCUAAAUGAUGGUGACAAUCAAGGUGAUGCGAAUACCGGCCUCAGCGAUCAUCCCCUAAGUGAAGGUCCUGAAAGCGCCUGGAAUACUUUCUUUCAAGACAAUGAAUUUUUAUUACAAAUUGAUAAAGAUGUACGGCGUCUGUGUCCAGACAUAUCGUUUUUUCAACAAGCCACAGAAUAUCCUUGUGACAUUGUUGUGCAUAGUAAAGGUGAACGGAGACUUCAUCAACGAGUAGUGCCUACUGUACUGAGCUCGGCAAAUGUCGAACGCAAGGGUUUGGGAAUUACAAAGCAGAUAAAUCUCAUAACAAAGCGUUCGAAUGAAAAUUACAUGGCAAUGGAAGAAGGACUGGAAGCACAUUGGGAAGUUGUGCAACGCAUUCUGUUCCUCUAUGCGAAAUUGAAUCCUGGCCAAGGAUAUGUUCAAGGCAUGAAUGAAAUUGUCGGUCCAAUAUAUUAUAUUAUGGCCUCUGAUCCGGAUUUGGAAUACAGAAAAUACGCUGAGGCAGAUUGCUUUUUCUGCUUCACUGCAUUGAUGAGCGAAAUCCGCGACUUUUUCAUCAAGACCCUCGAUGACUCAGAAGGUGGCAUUAAAUUUAUGAUGGCAAAGUUGGCGAAUAUGUUAAAAGAAAAAGAUGCAGAGAUAUAUGAUAAACUAAAAGAACAAGAACUUUAUCCGCAAUAUUACAGUUUUAGAUGGAUAACACUGCUGUUAUCACAGGAAUUCCCUUUACCUGACGUGGUACGCAUUUGGGAUUCGAUUUUCUCUGAUGAAAAUAGAUUUGAGUUCUUGAUAAGAAUAUGCUGCUCAAUGAUUUUAAUUCAGCGAGAUCUUAUACUGCAUAAUGACUUUGCCUCAAACGUAAAGUUAUUACAAAACUAUCCGCCUAUUGAUAUUAACAUAGUAUUGUCGCACGCUGUAUCCUUACGAGGAUAGUAUAGACUGUUGUUAUUUUUGUCAAAAAAUAAUUGUACACAUCCCAAGCCAAUUUUUACACGCCCUUCUCAAAACGGCACACAACUAGUUGUAAUUAAAAAGAAACAUAUACACUAUUAUAUUAGCUUCUAAGUAUUAUGAUUUAACUUCUAUAUACUCAUUUUUAUAGUAACAAUACUACUAUAAUCAAGAACGGAAUCCAAUAUUUUACUCGGAAAGUUCAUUUACAGCAAUAAAUAUUUUCUCUUAAAUAACAUUUUUUACCCAAUAAAAAUUCAUUAAAAUU